UCCUGAUCAUCCUUUAAUACUUAAUAAUCAGGACAGUCUGGCUUUCUGAUUAUUCAGUGGUUACUUAAUAGGAAAAUGAAGUUAAACAUUAACUGGUUCUAUGCCAAUCAACUUCACUGUCUCGUGAGGAGUCCACGGCAGAAGUUCCUCUGGAGUUUUAUGGCUGUGAAGCUGUCCUAACCCACAACCAGGAAUUUGCUGAAGAGAAAUGAGUCAUCUGUCGAACGCAGUUAAGAAUGACCUGAAUCUACAUUUAACCACUCAGAACUUCUUGGGAAGUCACAUAUAGUGACAUAUAAGAUUUAUAGGAAUCCCGAUUAGCGAUUGCUGUGUAUUUGUCUUUUACAAGGAGCAUUGUUCCUACAAGCAGCUCAUCAAGAAGGGCACAAGUAUGUCUGCGGCCCUGGACGAGUACUGUGGGUCGACUUUUUGGAAUGCAUCGUUCCUGGACCGGCUGGAUCCAGACCUGCCAGUAUGUUUUCAGAGAACAGUGUUGGUGUGGUUGCCGCUGGGUUUCCUGUGGCUCUGUGCGCCAACACAUUUGGCAGUUCUCUUCAGGAAAAAAGCUCCCAAAAUCCCUUUAACCAAGAUCUACAUAAGCAAGCAGACCCUAACAGGGCUUCUGCUCCUGACAGCUGUUGCUGGACUUGCUCUUACCCUCGGUGAAGAUUACGGGCCGUCGAGUGAAUCAUCAGCUCAGAAAAAUCCUGUGGUGCUUUACGUCAAUCCGGCGAUAUUUGCGGUCUCGUGGGUGCUGGUGAUGUUAAUGCAGGAAGCUGUGAGACGUAAGGAGAGAGCUGUUGAUUCUACCAGACUAUUCAUUUUCUGGUUGCUGCUGAUUAUCUGCAUGAUCUUUCCGUUCCAGUCCCUACUGAGAGAUGCAAUAAAACAGGAGCAGAUAGCAGAUCUUCCCAGAUUUUGUCUGUUCUACAUUGCUUUUGGGUUGCAGCUGGUUGCACUGGUCCUGUCAGCCAUUGCUGAUGUUCCAUCCAACUUUAAGGAUGUGGCAAAACAGAACCCUGAAGCUGGUGCUGCCUUUCUCAGCCGAAUUACCUUCAACUGGUUCAACCGGAUGGUCAUCAAUGGCUUCAAGAGGCCGCUGGUUCAGGAGGACAUGUGGGAGUUAAAUAAUGAGGACACCACAAGCUACAUCAGCCAGAAGUUUGACGACAUCAUGAACGUAGAGCUAAAGAAAGCUCGUCAGAGACUCCAAAAGAAACUAAACAAGAAAAAAAAAUCAGUGCAGAGUUCUGAUCCUAAUCAGAAUAGCCUGGCUAAAGGAGUCAGUCAGGACGUCCUGGUCAUGGAGGAGAAAGGAGAACAGGCCAAGAAGAAAAAAAAGAAAGAGAAAAAGGAUAAAGACACAGACUAUCCUGAUUCCUGGCUGGUGCCCACUAUUACUAAAACAUUCAAAUGGGUGCUUUUCGAAUCCGCUAUCUUCAAACUUUUACAAGACCUUCUGGCAUUUGCGAGUCCACAGCUUCUCAAGGUCAUGAUAUCCUUCACUCAGGAUAAAACCAUUUACCUUUGGAAGGGGUAUCUAUAUGCAGUUCUGCUUCUCAUUGUGGCAAUUAUUCAGUCCUUGUUCCUGCAGCAGUAUUUCCAGCGCUGUUUUGCUCUGGGUAUGAAAGUACGCACAGCUAUAAUGGCAGCUGUGUAUAAGAAGGCAUUGGUCAUGUCCAAUGCUGCUCGAAAAGAGUCUACCAUAGGAGAAACAGUAAAUCUGAUGUCAGCCGAUGCUCAGCGCUUCAACGAUGUCACCAAUUUUAUCCACCUGUUGUGGUCGUGUCCACUCCAGAUCAUUUUGUCUAUAGCAUUUCUCUGGAUUGAACUCGGACCUUCUGUUCUCGCUGGCUUGCUGACGAUGCUGCUUAUGGUUCCCAUUAAUGGUUUACUGGCCACCAAAGCCAAGACUUUCCAGAUGCAAAGCAUGAAGUUUAAGGACAAACGGUUGAAAAUAAUGAAUGAAAUUCUGAAUGGUAUAAAGAUUCUAAAACUCUACGCCUGGGAGCCAUCUUUUGAGGCUCAGGUGCAGGACAUAAGAGAAAAUGAGCUAAAAGUUAUGAGAAAGUUUGCCUACCUGGGGUCGGUCUCCACUUUCAUCUUUUCCUGUGCUCCAGCACUGGUGUCCUUGGCAACCUUUGCUGUUUUUGUGUCUGCCAGUCCGGAUAAUGUCUUGGAUGCAGAGAAAGCUUUUACAUCCAUCUCUCUCUUCAACAUCCUGCGUUUUCCUCUCGCCAUGCUUCCGAUGCUCAUCUCUAGCAUAGUGCAGACAGUCGUAUCUAAGAAAAGGCUGGAGAAGUUUCUCAGUGGAGAAGAUUUGGACACCAUGGCAGUACAUCAUGACGACAGCAAGAAAACAGCGGUAAGUGUGAGCAAUGGCACUUUUGCUUGGGGGAGCGAUGCCGAACCAGCUCUGAAGAAUGUAUCUGUGGAAAUAAACCCUGGUCGUCUGGUUGCUGUGGUGGGUGCUGUGGGAUCAGGCAAAUCAUCUUUGGUCUCAGCUCUGCUUGGGGAAAUGCACAACCUCUCUGGUUCUGUCCACAUCAAGGGUUCUGUGGCAUAUGUGCCUCAGCAAGCCUGGAUUCAGAAUGCCACUUUACAGGACAACAUACUCUUUGGAUUCCAACUGGACGAGCAGAAGUUCCAAAAGGUGGUGAAAGCCUGUGCUUUGGAGCCGGACCUGAAGUUACUUCCUGGUGGAGUUCAGACGGAAAUCGGAGAGAAGGGUAUCAAUUUGAGUGGAGGGCAGAAGCAGCGGGUGAGUUUAUCGCGAGCGGCUUACAGUUCAGCAGAUGUGUACCUCCUCGACGACCCGCUGUCUGCUGUCGAUUCUCAUGUGGGAAAACAUCUGUUUGAGAAAGUGAUCGGACCCAAAGGUCUUUUAAAGAAUAAGACCCGUAUUCUGAUAACACACGGGAUCAGUUUUCUUCCACAUGUGGAUGAGAUAAUCGUGCUGGUGGAUGGAAUGGUAUCAGAAGUCGGUUCUUAUAACAGUUUGAGGGCUAGUAAGGGAGCUUUCGCUGAGUUUUUGGACACAUAUGAUAAGGAACAAAGCGACAAGUCUAAUGCUCGAACCGACUCAAUCUCAGAUGCGGAGCAGCUAGACAUCAUCCCUGAAGGUCAGGACUUACAGGCUGACACUCCUGCUGAGGAUGUCGUCUCUGUCACGUUGAAGAGAGAAAACAGCUUACGUCACAGCCAGCGUCAUGCGCAACGCAACGGCAGCAUAAAAGUGAGAAGAAACAGCUCGGCUAGAAAUCCGAAAGAGGCUGAAGAGAGCAAGAAAGGCCAGCGGCUAAUUGAGAAGGAGGCGAUGGAGACUGGAAGGGUGAAGUUCUCCAUGUAUCUGCAGUACCUGGGGGCUAUGGGCUGGGGUUACGCUGCCUCCUUUGUUGUGGUUUACUUUAUCCAAAACGUGGCCUUUAUUGGUCAGAACUUGUGGCUGAGUGACUGGACCAACGACGCCAAUAAAUACCCCAAUGGAAGCACCUACCCGGCCCACAUCAGAGACAUGAGAAUUGGUGUCUUUGGUGCUCUUGGAGUUGCACAAGGUUUCCUGGUAUUUGUGGGCACUUUACUGAUAGCCGAGGGUGCUAUCCAUGCCUCCAGGUCUCUACACAGUCGAUUACUUUCCAACAUCCUUAGAGUUCCUAUGCUGUUCUUUGAUACCACACCAUCAGGAAGGGUGGUCAACCGCUUCGCAAAGGACAUGUUCACCGUGGACGAGAUGAUUCCCAUGUCCUUCCGCUCCUGGAUCCUGUGUCUGCUCGGCGUCCUCGGCACACUCUUUGUUAUCUGCCUCGCCACUCCGCUAUUCACAGCGAUAAUUGUGCCUCUUGCCGUGGUUUAUUACUUCGUCCAGAGGUUCUAUGUGGCCACAUCCAGACAGCUGAGGCGUUUGGACUCUGUUUCCCGCUCUCCCAUCUACUCCCAUUUUGGAGAAACAGUAUCUGGUCUUUCCGUCAUUCGAGCUUAUAAACAUCAGGAUCGAUUUCUGGAGCGCAACAAAAUCACUAUUGAUGACAACCUCAAGAGUGUCUACCCAUGGAUUGUUUCUAACAGAUGGCUAGCUAUCCGACUGGAGUUCCUGGGCAAUCUGGUGGUCUUUUUCUCAGCGUUGUUUGCUGUGUUAUCUCGAGAUUCCAUAGACAGUGGGCUGGUUGGACUCUCCAUCUCCUAUGCAUUAAAUGUGACUCAGACUUUGAACUGGCUUGUGAGGAUGACAUCAGAUCUGGAGACUAACAUCGUGGCCGUGGAGAGGGUCAGCGAGUACACCAAAAUAAAAAAUGAGGCUCCAUGGAUCACAGACAAACAACCUCCGAGUGACUGGCCCAGCACAGGGAAAAUCCAGUUCCAGGACUACAAGGUUCGAUACCGGCCAGAGCUGGAGCUCGUUCUGCAUGGCAUCACCUGUGACAUUCAAAGCACUGAGAAGAUUGGCAUUGUGGGUCGGACUGGAGCAGGAAAGUCUAGCCUGACGAACUGUCUUUUCCGUAUCAUGGAGGCAGCCGAGGGACGAAUCGUCAUAGACGGAGUUGACAUUUCAAGUCUGGGUCUCCAUGCUCUCAGAAACCGGUUGACCAUCAUUCCACAGGACCCAGUGCUGUUCUCUGGAACUCUGCGGAUGAACCUGGACCCGUUCGAACAGUUUAGUGAUGGUGACAUCUUUAAAGUUUUAGAGCUGUCUCACCUAAAGGAUUAUGUGGCAUCUCUGCAAGCAGGAUUACAGCAUGAGGUUUCAGAGGGUGGAGAAAAUCUCAGUGUGGGUCAAAGGCAGCUGCUUUGUCUGGCCAGAGCUUUGCUACGGAGGUCAAAGAUUCUGAUUUUGGAUGAAGCCACUGCUGCCGUGGAUCUAGAGACAGACGAGCUGAUCCAGACCACCAUUAGCCGAGAGUUCUCUCACUGCACUGUGCUUACCAUCGCCCACCGAAUCCACACCAUCCUCAACAGCUCACGGGUGAUGGUUUUGGAUGCUGGAAAAAUAGUGGAGUUUGAUUCCCCCAGUGCACUUUUUGAGAAACAGGGCCACUUUUACGCCCUGGCCAAAGAAGCUGGUAUCUCAUCAAUACAAUACACAGUACUAUGAGUUGUUCAGAGGAGCUUUUGGACUUUGUGUGGGUUUGUUGCUUCUUUUUGAUAUAAUUUUGUACAUGUAACAAACACAAAGCUACUCUGGAUACUCUGGACAGCCAAAAAAAAUUGAACCCAUUAGAAUAACUUACUGUGGGUUCAUUUUCAUUCAAGUCACAAUCUUGGGUGCUCAUUUUGCCAAAACUAGAACAGUUGUACUUUAAAAACAUUAUUAUUUUUAAUAACCUUGUUAAAUAUAAAUAAUACAUAAACCUAAUACAUAAACCUUAAAAAUGUUUAAAUUUUAAUGCAUGAACAAAAAAGUCACAUGGACAUUCGAAACACAUUUUACUUAUUCUGUUGUUUAUUUACUUCUGUAACUUGGAAUUUGUUUGCUUAUAGGUUGCAAGAACAUGCAGAAAUCAAUGUAUUUUUUAUAUGUUGUAUGUACAACAUUUUAAUUUAAUACCUACAUUUUAAGUGUAAAUGUAGGAGUAAUGGGUUUUUCUUUGAGAUCAUGAGUUAUUUAGUUGUAUGCUAUUUAAAGAUCAAUAAGACUUUAGGAUUGAAUACUGUAUGUGGUCUUACAUAACUUCUGUAACCAACAGUAUAAGGCUACACAGUGGUGCUGCACAGUUUUCUGAUAUUAAUGAGAUUUCCAUUGUAACUUCAUUUCCCAAAACAGGCCAUUGUGUGGAUUGGCUAUUCUAAAUUACACCUAGAUGUUAGUAAGUGAAUAGGUGUGAGGUGGUGGUGCCCUAAGAUGGAUUUUAACAGAGUGCAUUUCCUUCUCUAUGUUUGUAAUUACAUGUACCAUAAUUUCCUUAACCUGUAAAAGCUUUCGUAAAUGGUUGGGUGGGGUGAGAAUGGCAAAAUGUUGGGACGCCCUGUUCUAUUACAUUUAUCCACAGGUUAUAUUUGGAAGUAAUAAACUUUUUUCUUUAUUUAAAUUCA